AUGUUGCUCGAAGAGAAAGACCAUGCUGAGUUCAAGGGCUGGUUACUACCGAAGCUCGAAAACAUUUCCGAUGCUGAAGCUGGGGUUCUUGCCGACUAUGUGGCCGCGCUCGUCACCGUUGAUGAUACAGAUGCAAACGUUCAGCGUACUCUAGUCGAGUCGCUGGAGGAUUUCCUAGGCAGAGAAAGCACCGAACCUUUCGCAAAAGAUAUCAUUGCAGGACUCAAAGCCAAGAGCUACCUCCCAAAACCGAAAGCGAACGACGCGCAGCCAUACCUCUCGUCCCAAGCCUUACAGUCAGAGCCAAUACAGUCUAUUGUUGGCAGUACGAACUUCGAAUAUGAACCACAUCCGUCGAAUGUGUCAUCUGGAGCUCCUAGAGGUCCUGCCGCGACCAGAAAUCUAAAGGCACCUCGCCACGUACCCGACCGACCGACCACGCAAGGCACACAUCAUGAUGGCUCUAAUCAGUCAAGGAAGCGCAAAGUGUUGGAAAGAGGUGAUAGCCAGUCGCGAGAAGGCCAAGAUCCACACUACAACCGCAGCGGUGGUGCGAAUAAUAGACCUUCGAAGCAGACCGCUCGCAGAGGCGGGAGAAGUGCUGGAAAUGGAGAAGUGCGGUCACAGAACGCCUUCGGUGGCUACGGUGGUAUGCCGAACUUUACCAACCUCCCACCCCCACCCCCAGGACCUUUGCCUUUCGAUCCCUCAGACCCCAUGGCUUUCUUUGCCAUGGCAGCAGCUUUUGGCGCGAACCUGCCAGGCAUGCCUCAGCUCCCUUUGCCCAACAGGCAAGAUGGUGGCUCGAACCAAGUACGGCCAAAGACAAAGUGUGCUGAUUACUUCGAAAGGGGCUUCUGCGCGCUGGGCAGCCUUUGUCCACACGAGCAUAGCGACGCCGCAGUGACUGUUUCGCCUGACGAGAUUCCCGAGUAUGAUCCAGAGCAGUCAUUCCUUGCUGUCCAGCCGCAAGGGUUGUUUAGUAAACAAGCAGUUCCUAGUAGCCAGCGUCGUUCGACCAAGAAUCGCAGACCGCGCUCAUCGUUCUCCUUGCCAGGCUAUUCCCAUGAUCGAUCAAACACCACGCUUGUCGUCGAACAGAUUCCACAAGAAUACUUCAACGAUGACAGUAUACGGACCUACUUUUCAGAGUUUGGUGAGAUUGCUAAUAUCGAGUUGCAUCCUAAGAGGCGGUUGGCAGUCAUUAAAUUCGCCAACCGCCAGGCUGCUAAUCAAGCCUACCAUAGCCCCAAGGCCAUGUUCGAGAACCGAUUCGUCAAGGUUUACUGGUAUGGCCCGGACACAGGGGAAAAACUGUCUCUUGAAAACAAUGAAGAUAUUGACAUGGAGGACCUGAAACACAAAGAAGAAGAAAGACUUGACUUGGAGGCUAUUGCGAUAAGACAAGCUGAAGCGCAGAAGGCAUUCGAAGAGCGCCGUCGUAAGGCCCAGGAAGCAGAUGCGAGAGCCGCAGAGAUUGAGAGACAGCUGGAGGAGAAGAACAGAGAGAUAGCAGAGAUUAAGCGCCAACUUGCAGAACUAUCAGGUGACCCAUCGGACGAGUUCUCACAGACCCUUGCAACGCUUCAAGCAGAGGCUGCAGAACUGUUCGAUCAGCAUGGUCCCGAUGAGCCCUCGCCCAGUGAUCGCAGCCAUGGUGCUUUCCGUGGAACUUAUCGAGGUCGUGGAUACUUCCCACCUCGGGCCAGAGGCUAUGCACCUUAUCGGGGCGCGUAUCGUGGUCGUGCAGGUGGUUUCGCUGGUCGCGCUGCGAACAAGAAAUUGGAUAAUAGGCCUAGGCGCCUAGCUGUCACGGGUAUCAAGCCUGAUUCACCGAGGGAUGAAUCUUUGAGACAGCAUCUUCUUAACAUCCCUGAUUGUAGCAUCGAACGUCACCCCGAGCAAACCGAUGCCCUCAUCCUAACCUUCAAAGAACGAUAUCAGGCUGAGGAUUUUCUGGAUCAGUCCCUCAGUAUUCCUGACGUUGGUAAACUUGAGCUGGCAUGGGUUCCUAACGACGCAUUUGGUGGUCUCAAGUCUGUCACGACUACAACUGACGCUUCUGCAGCGAAUUACGACGAUGAUGAUGACUCUUCCGCUACCAUCGGAGAGCAAGAAAUCAAGGUUGAGGAAGAUGAAGGUCAUCAGAUGGGUGGAGUGGACGCGGACAUGGAUGUUGCGGAUGAUGUGGAUGAGUGGCUGUGA